GAAAAACUGGAGAAAAUGUCCAUUUCAACGGCAACAGAUGAUCGGACAGAGGGUGAUGAUGAUACAUCGCAGGAGAGUCACCCAAAGGACGAUGAAAGUAGUGAUUCAGAAAAUGAUAAUGAGAAUGAAAAUGAAAAUGAAAAUGACCAAGAUAUUGACCAUGAAAACGAAAGUGAAAAUCAAAAUGGAUCUCAGAACCAGAAUGGUGGUUCUCCAAUUCCUGAAGUUCAUGAAAUUACUAGUGAUGACGAGGAUGACUGUGUAGUCACCAAUGAAGAUGAGUCCUCUAACUCGGGCUCAGAUUCCAGUGAUAGUUCUGAGGGUUCUCAGGAAAGCACCAAAGGCAGUGAUGAAAAGAAAAGCAGGGAACGGUUAGAGAAUGGAGAAGAUGGAGAAGAAUCUGACAUUGAAGAAGUAACAGUAGAGGACCCAUUAAAUCAAUCUUCAAACAAAACAAAACCUAUAGUUAUUAAUGACACCAGAAAUUUGGCUGAGUUGGCAAACAAACAAGCUAAAACAAAUGGUGGUGACCAGAAAGAACCAACAGUGGUUAUUAUUGAUACAAAUUCUAUUCUAUCAGGUAAGGGACCAGUGCCUAUUCAAUCUAAAGUGCAGUCCACCAGCUCUAUUGAUGCACAAAAUCUGUGUCAAAGCAUUGCUGCCCGUGGCACUACAAUAACACCUGUAAGUUGCAAAGCUAGCACAUCCACAUCUACUCAAAAUAGUACUCAAACUCCCCAACCCAACAUAUUACCUUCACUCACAGAUGACAUGUUUGUUGUUGAAGCACCUUCAUUCAUAGUUCCUUAUGUGUAUGAAAAACCCUCUGUUAAGCCAUUCAGAGAGUUUGUUGAUAAACUGGGUAAGGAACUUGAGGAAAUCAAAUUAAAGGAAGAGGCUGAAAAGUUAGAGAAAGAAAAAGCAGAAAAGGAGAGAAAAGAGAAAGAGAAGCAAGAACGAAUUGCAAGAGGUGAAGAAAUAGAAGUAGAAAGUGACAAGGAACCGGAGAACGAAUCUUUAAAACAAAAGAAACCUGAGAAGAAACAUCGGCAAAAAAAGCGGCCUGAGGAAGAUGAUGAUUCAUGGGAUGGUGAAUCUACUAGUGACUCGGAUGUCAGUGAUGAAGAUUCAGUUGUGAUAAAAGAAAAAGAUGACUCUAUUGAAGAGAUGAAAGAUCCAAUUGCUUUGAUUGCCAGGGGGCUAUCUUCAUCUGGUAAAUCUGACAGCUAUUUUGAUUGUUCAUUAGGGCAGUUUUUUAUUAACAUUGGUCUUAAUCUUGUCCAAGAGUAUGUACAGAGUGAUUUACUAAAACAACAGCAACGUAGGCUGUACAAGGAAAAGAAGUCCGGUCGAAGCACAAAAGCUACAGAGUCGGCUAUUGUAUCUCUUUCACAAAACUUAGAAUUUAGUAAGAAAACUAAUGAACCACUUGCACUUUCAUACAAAAGGUGUGAAUUUUGUAGUUUCAAAACAGAGUCUAUGUUGGUCAUGUCUCAUCAUCUAGAGGCACCGCAUAUGAGAAAUAACAUCUACAAGUGUAACACUUGUGCAUUUGAGAUUCGCAGCCCACAUGACAUUUUAUUCCAUAUGGAAGCAGAACACAAUAUUCGUGGGAGACUAGAAAGAGCUCCAGCCUAUCAACAAUGUGCUAACUGUCACUUUGAAGAUAACAGUAAAACUAAAUUGGCGCGCCAUCUUAUCGCUUGUGCUAAGAAAUUUAAACCUGAAUUUAAUCUGGGCCCUCCUUUAGACUGGGAACCUCCUGCAAAAAUACCAAAGCUAACGCGAGCACGGAACAAUAUGGUCCCGUCAUAUGGAUCGAACUUUAAUCGACAAAUGGGCGUCAAUAAUAUUGGUAGGCCACCCCUUAACCUUGGAAAUGUUCCUAUACAGGGAAUGCCUGUAUUAGGACGACCUCGCGGGCGUCCCCCUAUAACCGGACCGACUCGCACUGCGCCAAUUUCUGGAGUACCGAUAAUACGCAGUGGGGUAAUGAUUAUGCACAACACUCCUCCAGGAACUACCAUUGCUAAUUAUCCUAUCAUGCAAAACAAUCAAAACAACGUUAGUGCCACUCCAAAAAUUUCUAUUACCCCAUUGCCAAGAGCACCUCAACCAUCAUCCUCUCAAUCAAAUCAAAAUUCGAAAGCUACAUUCGUUAUCUGUGAGAUUUGUGAUGGUUAUAUCAAGGAUUUGGAGCAAUUGAGAAAUCAUAUGCAAUGGAUUCACAAGGUAAAGAUUCAUCCUAAGAUGAUUUAUAAUAGGCCCCCAUUGAACUGCCAAAAGUGUCAGUUCAGAUUUUUCACAGAUCAGGGUUUGGAGAGACAUUUACUGGGCUCACAUGGGCUUGUUACAAGCUCUAUGCAAGAGGCGGCUAACAAAGGUAAAGAUGCCGGCCGAUGCCCUGUAUGUGGCAGAGUCUACCAAUGGAAGUUGUUAAACCAUGUCUCUCGAGACCACAAUAUGACGCUCAAGCCAGCACAUUUAUCUUAUAAGUGUACUGUAUGCACAGCUACAUUUGGAAUGUACAAACAGUUUGAAAAUCAUGUUUAUUCCGCACAUAGCGUGGUCGCUAAGAGGGUAAUGGAUAAGGGCAAGGGCACAACUAACACCAUCAACAAACCUUCUGAGGAUCCACUUCUCAAGCCUUUAAAAAUCAGUGAUGAGAUUACAAUUAUACCUCAGCCUGCGAAAUCUAGCGUAACCAUUACCGCAAAAGGCAAAUAGCACUAAUGGUAGGAGUAUGUGACAUGUACCAGUAGUAAUUGUAUUGUAUAUCCAUUCUGCCAACCGGCAGCAGUGCACUUUUUGCGAUAUCGAGCAGUAUUGUGUAUAUAAACUAAGUUAUAUGUUCUAAAUUCAUUUUGAUGUCGGAAUGCCAGAAGUAUAGUGACAAUUUUAGUUAAUCAAGUGUGAAUGUAUUUUUAACGACAGAUUAAACCUAGGUUUAAGCUGUAAAUUGUUAGCAUAAAGACUUACAUAGCUAUUAAUCAACAAAUUUGUAUUUUGUGACUUGUAGUUGCCUAGUUCAUAUACUCCUACUUGUGACUAGAGCGCUGUGUGAUUUGUUUCCUUGUCACAAAAAUAUGAGUAAUAAUAAUGUUAUUAAAGAUCUGCAUCCACAGUAUACUAAUUUUGAGAUAUGAAGUGCGAAUGCGUUCUCGUGGCGACCAUGGGAUUGGCUUAUGGUUGUUUUUAAUAUUUGAAUAGGUACCUAAUAAAUUAUUUAUUUGCAAAUCUGCUGUUCUUGAAGGUAAUGUUAUAAUUAUUGUCUGCCUAUAAUUUAACGAUAGUUGAUCAACUGAAUUAAAGAAUUAUCAAUUGUAAGAUAUCAUUUAUUUAGGUAGAUACUUUCCAUUAUUAUUGUAUAAUAAAACGAUUAUUAUAGAGUUAAGAAUUAAGUUAAAAUAUUAGAAUUUAACGUUAGUGAUAUUUUUCUGCCGAAAAAACUAUUUUUCCAAACACCUACCACAAAUACAGUGAUUUAGUAAAGUGCAGAACUGGACGCAUUGGUCAUUAUUUAUUUCUGAUCUCAGGCCAAUAGACUGGGGUGUUGAUUUGGUAAAGUUUACUAAAUUGUUGAGUGUACUUAUAGAACUGAGGAUAAUGUAU